CUUGAGUAUAUAUGCAGCUCAACCAACCCUCUCAAGUCCAUCAUCAGAACAAUCACCAGCUCUUCUAUGCAAUCACUGCGCACAACAAUCCGCCGAGUUCCACAACAACUCAACCGUACUACCAAGCCAUCAACCGCACGCACCUUCACAACCACACCAGCAAUAAUGUCUCUCUUCCCACGCUUCACUCAGGAGUACGCUCCCAUCUUCCGUCUCUUCGACGAGUACGACCGCCAGGCCUUCGGCGAUGUUGACCGCCAGUUCACCAACAGCAUCCGCUCCUUCACACCCAAGUUCGAUGUCAAGGAGACCAAGGAGGCCUACGAGCUGCACGGCGAGCUCCCCGGCGUCGACCAGAAGAACAUCAACAUCGAGUGGACCGACAACAACACCCUGACCAUCGCCGGCAAGCACGAGCACGUCCGCGAAGAGGGUCAGCGCCCCACUGCCAUGGAGAACGGCGAGGAGCAGAAGAAGCUCGAGUCCAACGUCAAGGAUGAGAAGCACCAGCCCACCGUUGAGGACGAGUCUGCCGAGUCCACAAACAAGGACACUCAGGUUGCCAAGCAGUCAGAGCAGCACGAGGUCGCGAAGAAGGAGGAGCCCAAGCACAAGUACUGGGUCAGUGAGCGCUCUGUUGGGUCGUUCCACCGCAGCUUUGCUUUCCCUGCGCGUGUCGAUCAGGACGCUGUGAAGGCUAGUCUGAAGAAUGGUAUCUUGAGCAUUGUGGUGCCGAAGGCUACGGCGCCUCAGUCGAGGAAGGUCAACAUCGAGUAAGGGUACUCGAUGGAUACGACAUGAAUGAGACGGAUUUAACGACAAGAUGACGACCUUUCGCUCCUUUGGUUUCAGCGGGCACAGCAAUGGUGUUUUUCUUUGAUGGAUGUUAGCAUGGUAUGAAGUUCCGGUACAUUCCUUUCUACCAUAAUAAUACUUCUGGGGGUGGAUGACGAAGUGGAAAAUUUCAUGCACCGUACUUAGUCAAGUAAUCAACUAAUUCGAAGUCAAACAUGUUGCAUA